AUGCUCAUCCAAGGCACAAGUGGGGUUCAAAUACAGUUGGCAUAUCAUAAAGAAGAACAGGAAAUUUUAUAUAAUGAAAUAAACGACGCAGUGCGUCGCUCUGGAAAGGACAUUCUCGACUACACUGAAUUAUCCGAAUUGAAGUACCUCACUGCAGUAAUUUACGAGACGUUAAGAAAAUGUGUACCAUUACAGCAUUUGGACAGAGUUCGAGAUUACCAAUUAACAGAAGAUAUAGUCUUGGAAAAGGGGAUUCCAGCCUUGGUAAAUUUGACUGCUCUUCACCACGAUGAGAGAUUCUUCCCGGAACCGAAUGAAUGGCGUCCAGAAAGGUUUUUAGAGUCAUCGGAAUUCGACACUUUCAAUUACUCAUUUUUGCCUUUUGAAGAUGGGCUACGCUCGUGUAUAGGUAAACGUUAUGGAAUGUUGCAAUUGAAAACAGCAUUAGCCCAAAUUGUGCGCAAUUUUAGAAUCGAGCCGGUAAUGCCAUAUGAACUAGAAAGUGACCCAUACAACAUCGUAUUGGCUCCCAUUGAUGGUGCAAGUGUUGUGUUUGUUUCUCGGUAA